AAGUACGACAAACCUAUUGAAACAUUUCCGUCAUAUGAUGAUGCAACUAUUUAAAGAAGUGCCUGAGGAAGCCAUAUGCAAGAACUGAUAGUUUUUAAUGCUGCAGCAGAUUUUAUUUCUCUAAUCAUAUCUGAUGAUUCUCUUUCACGGCUGGUCCAUUGGAGGCAGUGAGGAUUCCUAAAGAUAAAGAUGGCAGGCAGCGUUCAUUUGCGUUUGUUGUCUUUAAACACGAAAGUUCUGUACCUUACGCGAUAGCAUUAUUUGAAGGGACUGCAUUGUAUAAUAAGGUUUUACAACUCAAAUCAAGGCAGGUACCAAACGAGAAAAAUUUUGGAAACAUGUCCCAUCAACGUGCAUACUCUGCUCCAGUCAAUUCAAAUUCGAAACCAAGUGCUUCACCGGACUUUCACCAUUUGCUUCAGUUUGGACAACAGAUGCUAAACCAAGGAAUGAGACCUUCAGAUCCAGUUACAGGUCUAAGGAACUUAUAUGAAAGUCAGAGGGGAACUUCAAAUUACCUUGGUGCACCUUUUCAUUUAAACAGCCUUCAGGGAAAUUGGUCCAGUAGAAAUCAUCCUUAUAGUGUGCAUGGAAAUGGACAGAAACGAAAAAGUUCUGACCGUGACCGAAAUUAUCGGAGAGAACAUAGGAACAGUGACAGAAAAGGGUUUAGUCGUUAUUAAGGAAUCAGUUAUUGCAUUGUGCAGUUGGUCAUUGAUUAAUUGUAAGGAAUGAAUGUACAAAUAUUUUUACCAUUUUUUAGGAUUGUAAUGUAGACAAUUUUCAUACGUCCAGAAAUGUCUUCACUAAUUUAAGAUAUGUGAAUUUUCACCUUCUCACUGAGGGAUGCAUGCAAAUGGACACAAGAUUUUAAAAAUCAGCAGUGCGAUCACAGUUUAUUUUGUCACAAUCUGAAUUUAUAACUUUGUCUGUACUAAAAUUGUAUAUUUUAUUUUAAUACAAAAAUAAAUUGUGGAAGAGACAUAA